AACAUCAGAGUAGAGGAGGAACAGAAAGGGAAGCGGAACAAGAAAUCACAAAUCAGCUGUCAAAAAGUGGUUUAAGUGAAAACAACGGACCAAAAAAAGAGAUGUGCAGAGGUCGUGGAGCGUUUUAAACGAAUCUCCUGUUUGUGAGUUCUGACCGAACACUUCCGCCAAGAUGCCUGCAGUAUCCACAGGGGUCAAGGACCUGUAUCUGUCCACCUCUCUGGGAGACCUCAACAAGAAGGCUGAGAUUAAGCCAGACAAGACGAGCACCAGAAGCUAUGUUCAGAGUGCCUGUAAACUUUUCAAAGCAGCAGAAGAGUGUCGUCUGGACAGAGAUGAAGAGAAAGCUUAUGUGCUUUACAUGAAGUAUUUAACAGUCUGUGACAUCAUCAAGAAAAGGCCAGACUACAAGCAGCAGCCGGAUUAUUUUAUGACUAUGCUUGGGCCAACCAGCUUCAAGAAAGCCAUCGAAGAAGCAGAGAAGCUCUCUGACAGCCUUAAACUCAGGUAUGAAGAAUUUGAAGUCCGAAAAAGACUUGAGGAGAAGGAAAGACUAGAGGAGAAGAAGAAAAGGGAGGAAAUAAAAGAAAAAGAUGGCGGUCGUGGCUCUCCCAAGGCGUCAUCUGUCAACAGGAAGGAUAGCAAAAAGGUGAAAGGGGAGCAGAAUGAGCUGAAGAGCGUCAUCACAAAAGCCACGCAGCCAGCUGGCGGGAUCACGGCCGAGAAGCUUUUCCAUAUGAUGAAGGACCAGACGAUCACGAUCAUUGUCAUGGAUGCCCGCAGCCACCGAGACUAUGAAGAGUCUCACAUUCAAGUCCCAGCCCAGACCUGCAUCAGCGUGCCUGAGGAGGCGGUCAGUCCCGGAAUCACUGUGAAUCAGAUUGAAGCAAAGCUCCCCGAUGUGUCCAAAGACUACUGGAGGCGGAGAGGAUUGGUGGAUUACAUCAUUUUGGUGGAUUGGUUCAGUUCUGUCUCUGACCUUAAACUGGGCACCACUCUGCAGAGCCUCAAAGACGCCCUCUUUAAGUGGGACAGCAUCACCAUCCUGCGCAGCGAGCCCCUGGUGCUGGAGGGGGGCUACGAGAACUGGCUAUUGUUCUACCCCAUGUAUACGACCAACGCCAAAGUUCGCCCCCCCAGACAGACCAUCAUCAACACCCUCCCUCAGCUGGACUUCAGCUACCCAUCCUUGGAGGAUCCAAAGCCUCCGGCCCCACCUCAGCCGGAUCCUGAGGAUGUGUCUCCUGAGCCUCAGGAACCAUCCGCUCCUGUUUUGGUUAACGGGGUUGCACCUGCAGAACCGCCUAUAUCUAAAACCUCAGUGGUUGCUGAUAGGUUGCCAGAUUCUAUUGAUUCUCCCAUCAUGAACACUACAAAAUCUGGGCAGAACCUGAGUAAGAAGGGCCCUGCAUCCAGCCAGUCACCUGUCACAGCCAAAGCAUUCCCACAGUUUGACCGUACCAAGAAGCCCGCUGCCUGGGCCUCAGAUGAACGGUCCAACCAGAACGGGUCUGCGAAAGACGCCACCGUGAAUGGCCCAGCUGUCCCCGACCGCUCGGGUAAACCACCCCCGGACCCCGGCGCCGUCCUGUCCAAAGAGGAACAGAGCCGGAUCCACUCGGAGGCAGUGGCGGUGAUGGAGAAGGCAAAGCAGGAGCAGGAGAAACGCAUGCAGGAGCGCCGCCUAGAGGAGGAGAGGCGAGAGAAGGAGCAGAAAGACAAAGAGUCAAUGGAGAGGCUGGAACGCGAGGACAGCCAGAAGAGGAAAAAGGAAGAGGAGGACAAGAGACACCAGGAGAAAAAGAGGCUGGAAAGGCAGAAGGCAGAGGAGGAGGAGGACAAGGAGAACAGGACGUGGGAUGGGAAGGAGAGGAGGGGGAAGGAGCAGAACUCUGAAACCCCCUCUAAGAGCAUGUCUCUGGAUUCACCUGCUCCCAACCAUAUCGUUAAUGAAAUUAAGAGGGAACCUCUGACCAGGGCGAGGAGCGAGGAGAUGGGCAGGAGCGUGCCUGGCCUUCCAGAUGGUUGGAUGAAGUUCCUCGAUACAGUGACGGGGACCUACAGAUACUACCACUCCCCGACCAACCGGGUCCACCUGUACCCCCCUGAGGUCACCGUCCCCCAAACCCCUCCUUCCACACCACCUACGGUCAAACAGAAGCCCCCGCGAGCAGCCGAGCCCGACCCCGGCCGGGAGAGAGAGCAGGAGCAAUCCAAGCUGAAGCGCUCCUACUCCUCCCCGGACAUUAGCCAGGACCUGAGGGAGGAGGCCCAGAAAAAGGCCACGGCUCCGGCCACCACGGUGGUGAUACCCACCAUCAACAGAGAAACCAAGCCUCCCAGUACAAAGGUUUAUUCUAAAGUGGAGAUUGCACGGCCGUCUGCAGCCAAAAUCCGCAACUUGAAUCCCACAUUUGGAGGAUUGGGCGCAUCACUGACUGGCCUCCGUAACCUGGGCAACACGUGCUAUAUGAACUCCAUCCUGCAGUGUCUGUGCAACACUCCGGCCAUGGCGGAGUACUUCAAUAACAACUACUACCUGGAUGACAUCAACAGGUACAACAUUCUGGGCCAUAAAGGGGAGGUGGCAGAGGAGUUUGGUGUGAUCAUGAAGGCCCUGUGGGCCGGGCUGUACAAGUGCAUCAGUCCGCGGGACUUCAAGAUCACCAUAGGCAAGAUCAACGAACAGUUUUCUGGCUAUGAUCAGCAAGACUCCCAGGAACUGCUGCUUUUCCUCAUGGACGGGCUCCACGAAGACCUCAACAAGGCGGACAACAGGAAGCGGUACAAAGAAGAAGAGAACGACCAUCUGGACGAUCAGACGGCGGCGGACGUGGCCUGGAGCAAGCACAAGCUGCUGAACGAGUCCAUCAUCGUCGCGCUCUUCCAGGGCCAGUUCAAGUCCACCGUGCAGUGUCUCACCUGCCACCGCAAGUCCCGGACCUUCGAGACCUUCAUGUACCUCUCACUGCCUCUGGCCUCCACCAGCAAGUGCUCCCUGCAGGAUUGUUUGAGGCUAUUCUCCAAAGAAGAGAAGCUGACAGACAACAACAAGGUGUUCUGCAGACACUGCAAAGCCCACAGAGAUUCCACCAAGAAGCUGGAGAUCUGGAAGGUUCCGCCCAUCAUGUUGGUGCACUUGAAACGGUUCUCCUAUGAAGGCAGGUGGAAGCAAAAGCUUCAGACGUCUGUAGACUUCCCCCUGGACAGUCUGGACCUGGCCCAGUACGUCAUCGGACCGAAACAGAGCCUGAAGAGAUACAACCUUUAUGGAGUUUCGAAUCACUACGGGGGCUUAGACGGCGGCCAUUAUACAGCCUACUGUAAGAACGCCCCCAAACAGCGCUGGUACAAGUUCGACGACCACGAAGUGUCCGAAAUCUCCACCUCCUCCGUCAAGUCCUCCGCGGCCUACAUCCUGUUUUACUCCACCCUGUGAUGGUGCCGGGGGAACACAGACGGAGGAAGCCUCCCCGGAGCAGGCGCACUCGGACCGAGAGGUUCCUCUUUUUUCUUUUGGAAGCCCCGGCUCUGAGGACCCGGUUAGAAGAGGUUAGAAGGCGGAGUCUGUGCACCGGGGGGCGCACCGGAGCGAGGGGCCGCGGGGUCCAGGCCGGAGAAGGGCGCCGGCGUGCAACGCUUCAGCAACUAGAGAAGCCGGUAGCCGUUAAACAAGCCGCGCGUCUCAUCCAGAGACUAAACAGACGCUCAUCUCACUCUGACUCCGCACCGUAGCUGUGUUUUAGGGCUGACGGCUGAUUCCGACGCUUUUUACUCUCGUUUCUGUUGUACUAGGUGUGGACGGCUGUGCGGCAGAGCUGAUUUCCAGCUUCCUGGUCCACAGGAUUAACAGUUAGAUGGCAUGUACCUUCUUACCAUUGCUGAUGUUGCACAUUCAUUUUUUUUUUCAUGUAAAUAUUUGAGGGGAAAGGUGAUUAUUUGUUAAGUGACCAAACUAUUAUUAUUUCUUUCUUAAGAGUAGCAGCCAUCAUAAUAUCACACAGACACGGGGGGGUUAAACUGUAGAGCCCUCUGGUGUUUGGUAUUUGAGGGAUUGACAAACUGUGAGUGAUCUUUUUUUUUUUUUUUUGGAGGAGAGGAGGGCACUUCGAUUGUUGCUUGU